UGGGAACUCAGGACAUUGAACCACUUUAAAUUUUCACAAGAAGCAGGACGAUCCUUCUCUGAUCAGGAACAUUUGUAAAUGAAGACUUUGGAUUCAUCUCUGUGGUAGAUAAACAGUCAUAAUUCAAUGAUGGGGCUGGUCCGAGAUCGGUGGGCUCCGCACAGCAUGGAGACACAUGAAUCCCAUAAAUAUAAAUUUAAACUUGUAAAUCAUGCUGCUUCUACACCACGGGAGAAGAAAAGAUCCACAUUAAUCACAAAUACAUGUGGAGAAAACUCAUCUGCAUUUUUCCUUACCCGGUGCAUUGCUGUAGCUCUGGGAAUCCGUUUCAUUGUAAUGGUAACAAUAUGGAGUGCCAUCGUCAUAAAUUCGUUAUUCAACCAAGCAGUGCCAAUUUCCUUGAACGAAAGUUACUGUGGCCCAUGUCCUAAAAACUGGCUAUGUUAUGGAAACAACUGCUACAAAUUUUUUAAUGAGAGCAAGAACUGGUUUCAGAGCCAAGCUUCCUGCAUGACUCAAAAUUCUAGUCUCCUGAAGAUAUACAGCCAAGAGGACCAGGAUAUCUUUAAAUUGCUAAAGUCCUACCAUUGGAUGGGACUGAAAAAGAAUUCUACAAACGGAAACUGGCAGUGGGAAGAUGGCUCCAUUCUGGCUCACGAUCAAAUAACAAUGGUUGACAUGGCAAACGGAACCUGUGCAGUUUACGGUUCAAGUUUUAAAGGUUACACAGAAAACUGUUUAACUCCAAACAUAUACAUCUGCAUGCAAAGGAUUGUGUGAAGUUUGUUAUUUAUAAAAUAUAAAGGAUUUCAAAAUAAAAACGCCAUUCUCUGACUUUCUUCAUGAAGAAAACUUCCAGAAGAAAACGCCACCAAUAUUUAUUAAAUAUUUUUUCAUCUGACAUGCCACAAACCUUAUACUUGCAGCAAAU